AUGGAUGCAGUAAAAACCUCACGUAAACCGUAUCACAAUACAAGCUCAUGGGUUGGCCUGCUUGGUUCAGCAUCCGCACUCACAACUCACUCUUUACCUCGUUUUACUCACUUGAUGGAUUCCGUCGCAACCACUAAGGCCGAGGCGGAUGCUCAUCUGGAAACUCUUCGUCAAAGGAGGGGCGUUGGUAGAGAACAACCAGAGGACGUUUCCGAUCAACUCUACAAAGCUUCAACACAUUUCAUUCUCGAGUUAAUCCAGAAUGCGGAUGACAACCAGUAUGAUUCUGAAAUUGUGCCCAGUCUGCGACUGGCAUUGUACAAUAAUGGAGGUCAUAGAUAUUUCCGGUCUGACUGUAACGAAGUUGGCUUCACAUUCAAGCAACUUGACGCUCUGACACGAGUCGGUCAAAGUACCAAGGCCGCCACCAUUGACAAUUCGAAGUCGUGCAUCGGCGAAAAGGGCAUCGGAUUCAAGUCCGUGUUCAAGGUAGCUGAUGUGGUCCACGUUGCAAGUGGGUUUUACGAGUUCAAGUUUGAUCGCAAUGCCCGCAUCGGAAUGAUUCUUCCCAUUACCUCACAAUUUCCUACUGCAGAUCGCGUAGCCGAUCAUACGCAAUUCCUGCUGGAGUUGAAAAGUCAACGCGACUACGAUGUCAUCAAGGAGGAGCUAAACAGUAUCGAGCCAGAUAUGUUGCUCUUCUUACGAAAUCUGGACCAGGUCCAUAUAUCUAUCCGUGGCUUGAACAAGCAAUAUCGACGCAAGAUCACCAGAUUAGACCCGAGAUAUGACGGAGAAACUGUAAAGAUAUCUGUUCAGAGCGACGCCGUACACUCAAAAGAAUACAUCGUCCACCGAUAUACUGCCAAAAAGUUGCCUCCGGUGCCCCAGAGAGAAGGCAUUGAUUCUUCCGAGGUUGUGAUAGCAUUCACGGUCGAUAAUGAAGCCACUCCCGUAUUCACCACUCAAAAGGUGUUUGCUUUCCUCCCAGUUGAUGACUUUGGCUUCCGUUUUCUCAUCCAUGGGGACUUUAUACUUGUAGCCAGUCGAGAGGGUCUCGAUGAAUCAAGCCUUUGGAACCGGUCUCUCAGGGAUUUGAUCCAGACUGCCUUCGUGGCCUCAAUUCGUCGUCUUGUUGCACUAUCCCCUAUCCGAGAUGGGGAGGGACUUUGCUACAUGUGGCCGAAAUACCUCCCUCGCCAUCCCGAAACCUCAGGAUUUUGGCAUGGUCUCCAUCAAAAUAUGAUGAAUGCCCUGCGUAAGACACCUUUGCUUGAGUCGGGAGCGGACGACACCCUACGAAAGCCUACUGAUCUCUACUACGUACCCAGAGAUUGGAGAUUUGAGAACGGAGCUCUUUUCGACCUCCCGUCACUAUUGCAGACGCACUUGUCAUUCAAGUAUGAUAGUGUCAGGCCGGAACUCUCCCUGAUUGGGGUCGACAGUCUUGACAUCAAUAAUCUGUGGCUAGAAUUUUCGCAAUGGAUCAAUGAAGUUGGAAUCGACGGCCUCAAGACACGGCCAAUCAAGUGGCAUCAAAAGGCGCGCCAGGAUUGCGUCUUUUUUACUUCUACGCAAAACGAAGAGCAUGUGCCCACUGGUAUCGAGCUAUUUCUCGUGGAUCGCUCUGUAUCUAAAGAUCCAGAAAGAAGAAGAUUCCUGAGUUUCUUGGGAAUUCAAGAAUACAGUCCCACCCAAGUUUGCGAACUGAUUAUCAAUCUUCACCAUGAUCUGCCUCCGGGGGCCUGCCGCACAGAAAUGGAUCUUGUCACAGACGCUCUUUAUCUUUUUGAUCAUCGAUUGUGUCUCAGAUACGAAGUUCCUAAUAUUGAGUUUGCCGCUGUAAAAGGUGGAAAGGCCAUUCGUAGCAGAGAGCGUCGUCUCUACUUGGUCGACCCCGAUGUCAAGCCUGGUUUGAUAGCAAAAUAUCAGAAUACUGCGCAAAGUCCACUCGUGGUGCUCUCUGACAAGUAUGAGGCUGCGCUGUGCAAAGGCCGACCACGAGAAGAUGCAGACUCAUUUCGACGGUGGCUCCUGGGAUCCACAUAUCGAGAGUUUUCCACAGUCCCGGCACUUUUAUAUAAUAACGAACUGAGCGCCGAGUGGCACUUUCUUCGUAGUCACGAUGUGAUGGAUUUACUACAAGCAAUCAGGCUACAAUGGAAAAAAAAAACCAUUCUCUCCCCCAGAAUUAUCAAGGCUGCGGCAGAACUUCAAGUGCUUGGCUCUGAUGGAUAUUGGAGACCUCUAGGUCGCCUAGCUAUCCCGACUACAGAGCUGAAGCAAAAAUGUCCGCAUCUCGACUUUGUGAGCCUUCCGAAUCCUGAGUAUAAUUGGGACUUCUUAUCAAUUCUGGGCGUUCUGACUACCCGCAAUACCACAGCAAUUCUACGAGAGCUCCAGAAGCUUGCACAGCUACAAGUAGAUGAGGUGGAUAAGAGUGCAAUAAAAGAAAUAUACGAAACACUGAACGCAAGCAUGCGAUCCGAGUGGAAGGAGAUAAAAACAGCUUUCCUGGAAGAGUCCCUUGUGUUUGUUGAAAAACCAAAGCCAAAAUGGUUAAGUCAUCUCUCCUGCGUCUGGGAUGGCCCAGGUGCUCUGAAGCAGGUUACAAAACUCAGAUAUCGCUACCCCGUAUGCAGACAGUUAUUCAUAUCCAUUCUGUGUGUGAAGCAAGCCAGCACUGGAGAUAUUGUCGAGGAACUGUGUUCUGUCUCAGAUGAAGGCGAUAUGGCUACCCAGCGCUUCAGUGAGCUGUUCUUUCUACUAGGGCGCUAUCGUCGUGACCAUGAAGAGCUGAGCAGGGAUCAGGUUCGAAGAAUCCGAGAAGCUGCGGUAUUUCCUAUUGUGGUUGAAGGAGGAAACAGUGACGAACAGCCCAAUAUCACACUACAGUCUAUAUGUGAGGGUGAUUGGUUUCUCUCUUGUGCUGUUGAACAAACAACUGAACCGAGAGGCACAUGCAUUCGUGACUUGCGCCGGGAAGGUGAUUUGAUGACUCGACUUGACUAUAUUGCCCUAGCGACAGAUCAGCCGGCACUCGUCGAGGAUAUCACGGUGCAAAUGUGGUCAGUAUCAUCAAUCCUUGCCAAAAGUCGAUUGGGAGACAUUGAGAUAAGCGAUGAGGACAAGUUAAUCACCAUCAGAGACGAUGGAGAGGUCAAAAACAUCUACAUCCGUGAAGAUAUAGCCAUGGCCGAGCAGUUCCAGGUCGAUCUUGAAUUGCUGAAGUAUUUCAGUAGUCUAUUGGACCUUGGGGCCGAGCACACCCAGCUGGUCACCCUCCUCCUGAAAGAACCUAUUGCCCAACUCUCUGUCAUCCUGGAGAGAUAUAAUAUCGAAAUACCCGAUAACUUGGACAAUGGAGAUACUGGCAAUCAAGAAAGCGACGGUGAGGACCAAGAAAGCAACUAUGAGGAUAAAGCGAUGACGAUUAUACAUCCAACCACAGACUACUCAGUUAACGAUUCUGACAGAGAGGAAAUGAUGGAGAGCGGAAACGAAAGCUGGCUUAUCGACUUGGCAAGAGAAUUAGGGAAUCUUAGAAUCUCACCAGCAGCAGGUGGCAACGAUGAAACUUUCACCACUCCAGAAAGCUCGCCUCGACUUAUCCAACGGCACGAAGUGACUCCUUCUCACAACUCAAGGAGCCAAGGAAUCGUCCAAGGACCGGCCGUGUUUCAUGCAGACGAGACACCAGUUGCGAAAACUCCGAGAAGUACUGCUCAGUUUGAAGACCCAUCUAGCGGGGGAGAUCUUUCUUUGCCUCGCUAUUCACCCAUAGAGACUCCGUUCUACCAGAGUAUCAUCAGCUCAAAUGGCCCAAGACCCGCUCAAAAUUCUCCUAGAGCCUUUGAAAGUCCAUCUAACAGAUAUAGAGAGAUUGGGUUCCUUGGGGAGCGUUUCGUUUAUCGUAUGUUUCAAUCUCGUAUCAAGGAUUGGACGUAUGAGAAUUGGACGAGUAAGUUGCGAGUCGAGGCCGGGCAUCCCCGAUUCACUGAACGCGAAAAGGACUUUUCCGACUUUACAUACCAGGAUCGUUUUGGUCAAAUGAAGGGAGUGCUGCGAGAGGCUGGCAUGGACGUAAUCGUCGAAUGGACUCAUAACACGAAGUUUCAUCUUGAGGUCAAGGCAACACUAGGUCCUUGCAGUGAGCCAUGUUUCGUGUCCCAGAAUCAACUUGACAAGAUGCGCCAGUACGAAGGGGACUUAGGCAACGUCUAUAUCCUCAUUCGGGUUUUCCAGUUGGAAGCAGAAGGUGGCCCAAGCUUUCGAUUCUUUUUAAAUCCUUGGAGUCUCUACUUGGAGGGGGCUCUCGACUUUAGGUCGAAUGAAGGAUAUAAGGUGUAUGGGUUGGUAUAA